UGUUGGUGUGUGACUCAAUGCAGCUGCAGCGAUGGCACCUGAACGAUGGCGUCACCACUUGGACUACUUGGUCACCCUCCUCGGUGGCAGCAUUGGGGCCGGUUCACUCAUCAAGUUCCCGUACUUAUGUAUGCGUAAUGGUGGAGGAGUGUUCCUGAUACCAUUUUUAUUCUUCACCUUUAUGGGCGCAAUUCCAUGUGUUUUCUUGGAGAUGGUGAUUGGCCAGUACUCCCAAAGCGGACCUGUUAACGUUUGGAAUUUAUGUCCACCAUUUAAAGGCAUUGGUCUCGGGAUUGCUCUAGUUAAUUGGAUCUAUGUUACCUACUACAUUGCCAUAUUCGCCUGGUUUAUGUACUACUUCUACCACUCGUUCUUCGUCAACCUCCCCUGGACCAGCUGUGACCAGUCCUGGAACUCCCCUGGAUGUAUAGCAGACAUCGACAACAGCGUCCGGAACAGCACAUCAGCCAAUGCUACCCAACUCAUUCCCAGUGCUCCUGACGAACACAACCUCACUGACAUCACCAAAACAGUCCCUGGUAUGACUGCUGCAGAAGAAUUUUGGAGAUUCCAAGUACUACAGAUGACUGACGGCCUGGAAGACCUCGAUGGCAUACGCUGGCCGCUCGUUGGGUGCAUGGCCGUUACCUGUGUGAUCAUGUUCUUAUUCCGAGGGAUCAAAGUGUCGGGAAAGAUGUGGAUUGAGGCCUGUAGAUCUGCUCUAUUCUCUUUGAAUAUUGGCCUUGGGAACAUCAUAACUAUGGCCGGGCACAACAAAAUAACACGCAACUGUUUUAGGUAUAUGAACAUAAAAUUCAUUAAGCUGCACAAACACACAAUUUGAUAAUUCCAAGAUGAGGUCACACUAUCAUCAUUAUUCCAAUAAACAGUGACAGUUUUAUUAGUUUUGAUUAGCGAUAUCGGGCGGUGUCUCCCAAACACUUCCUCGUUAAUACAAGCUACCUUGUAUAAAGCUUUUACCAGGUAUGUAACAUACAUGGACACAAACGUGUUCCUCAAUAUAAAGUCGCCAACAUGUAAAAAUAUAGCGAACUCCCUAAUUUAAAAAAAGAAAUCGGAUUUCAUCUGCUCAUAAGAAUGUAGUGAUCAAUUUUUAAAAUACUUCAAUCAUCGGGAGAAUCACAUUCAAAUGUGGUAUGUAUUUGUAAUACACCAAGAGUGUAGAGAAUAUAACCCUUAUGUAUUUCAUUCACCUUACGAACUGCAUAAUGAUUUAGAGGGCCCUAUCCACAACAAUCAUUUGCAAUGCUAAAGCAUUAUUAAAUUGAUCAGUUAAAGUAGCUGUAAACGAAACAAUAUCUGUGACUUAUAAAGUAAGUAUGAAUAGUGAACACUUUUUAUAAUGGUAUCCAACUGUUUGCAGUAUGUGAAACGUCAUACUUUCAAUAAUAUUCACGAUAGAAACCUUUCUGUUUCAGGGAUGCAUUACUUGUCAGCAUGGUUGAUAUUCUUUUUCUUGUAUUAGCUGGAUUCGCGUUCUUUGCCACUAUAUGACAUGUUGCCCACCAACGUGGCGUUCCUGUAGAAACUUUCGAAUCAUCAGGUAUCUGGAGAA